AGCGGGAGUGGCACCGGGACUGGCACCGGCACCGGGACGGACACGGAGCCCGGCGGGCCCGGCCGCCGCGCCAUGCGAGCGGGCUGAGCGGCGGGCAGCGCCGGGGCACGGCACCGAGCGCCGGGGGCGCGCCUCCCGGAGAAUUCAAGGUGCUGGUGUCUCRCCCUGCCUGGAGUCUGAGGUCCCGUGUGCCCAUCUGCCUCCCGACGUCACCAAUGCGACCAUGGGAACUGGCAGUGAAUAGGCGGCCGCCCUCUGCCCCUUUUGCCCAGCGCCGUUUCUCGGGGGGACCCUGCAGCAGCCCCGACCACCUCCGGCGAAGCCCCUCUGCCAGGCGUCAGUGGGGACGACGCGACCGACCUCUGACAACCCUGCUGGGCCAGGAUGAGCCCCAGCUGCACCCUGCCUUCCCCCAGCAGCCGCACAUCCCUGUAGAUGAGCCCCGCGCCUACGCUCUUCCCAGCACGCCGCCACGAAUGCUUCACCCAGCCGCUCACCCGCCCCACCAGAACCCAUUCAUGGUGGAUCUGCAUGAUCAGGUGCACCAGGGACCUGUCCCUCUCUCCUACACGGUUACCACCGUCACGACUCAAGGCUUCCCCAUCCACGCUGGCCAGCACAUCCCUGGGUGCAGCACCCAGCAGCUCCCAGCAUGCUCAGUGAUGUUCAGUGGACAGCACUACCCGCUCUGCUGCCUCCCACCCCCGCUGAUUCAGGCAUGUGCCAUGCAACAACUUCCCGUCUCCUACCAGACAUUCCCCCCCAUCAUCUCCAGCGACCAUUACAUCCUGCACCCGCCCCCGCCGCCAGUGCCCCCGCACCAGCCRCCCCACAUGGCCCCCCUGGGGCAGUUCGUACCUCUGCAAGCCCAGCAUCCACGCAUGCCUCUGCAGAGGAUAGACAAUGACGUGGACCUGCGAGGGGAGCAGCACCCCAUCACAGGCUUCACGUACCCCCCGUCUCACCACGCUCCCACACUGUCGCCCUCCAUGCCGCUGCAUUACCUCCCCCACGACCCGCUGCACCAAGAACUGCCAUUUGGCGUGCCAUACCCYCACAUGAUGCCCCGGCGGCUGAACACCCAGCGGUACCGGCUGCAGCAGGCGCUGCCCCCACCGCCGCCCCCUCCGCCGCCUCCUCCGUACUAUCCGAGCUUCCUGCCCUAUUUCCUUUCUAUGCUUCCUGUGUCGCCGACGGCCGUGGGGCCCACGAUCAGCUUAGACCUGGACGUGGAUGAUGUGGAGAUGGAGAAUUACGAGGCACUGCUGAACUUGGCCGAGCGGCUGGGGGAGGCCAAGCCACGGGGACUCACCAAAGCAGACAUCGAGCACCUCCCGUCCUACCGCUUCAACCCCGAGAGCCACCAGUCCGAGCAGACCCUGUGCGUCGUGUGCUUCAGCGACUUCGAGGCCCGGCAGCUUCUCCGCGUCCUGCCCUGCAACCACGAGUUCCACGCCAAGUGUGUCGACAAAUGGUUAAAGGCRAACCGCACGUGCCCGAUCUGCCGGGCGGACGCGUCGGAGGUGCAGCGGGAGGCGGACUGAGGCUGGCGGGUGCUGUGCCGCACAAUUCGCUAGAGGACGAGGACGCCGGGCCGGGGCGGGGGCCGCUGCCCGCUGCUAGGGCCUGACCCUGCGCUUACCCCCCCUCCCCAAAGCCUCUCUUCGGAUGUGGUGAGCAUUGAGCAGUCCGGGCUCCCGGCCAGCCCUCCUCCUCCCCGCCAGGGCACGGACUCGGCCGGACGCCUGCCCGCUGCGCUCCCAGGGCCCCGAAUCGUGUUGUGCUGGAGGCGGGAGGUGCGUGGCCGUGCCCUCUGCGCUCCAAAGACGCUGUUGUUGCUCCAUCACUUUCCAGGUCUUUGUACUCUGCUAGGGAAUUAGUGGUUUUUCCCUUUGUCACUAUUUUUUUUUUUUACGAUAGUUUUAUUUUUCUUGUUUCCAUUUCCGUCACGUUUUUGGUUCCUUGGCCGUUUGCCCCAGGGGCGCGCAGGCAGCUCCUCCCCUCRGCGUUGCUCUCAGAGGACGCGGGGAGGAGAGAGAAGGGAGCGCUGCGGGUUUGAUGCCGAUGGCACCCCGAGCCGGAGGGCCGGGCCGGCCCCGGGGACAGCCGGAGGAGGUGGCUGGCAGAGUGCGGCCAAGGUGGGACACCAGCAACCCCGCGGCGCGGCUGGGGCGGAAAAGCCGGAACACGGGAAUGCCUCUGUCCCCGGUCCUGCACGCAGCCCGGCACGGCCCCUCUCCUGCCUCGGCUGCCCUGGGGAGCCCYAGAGGGCUCUGCCUGCUUGGGGUCUUUUGCCAGUGGGAGGAUGGUGCUGGCGCAGCCCUGGCCCGUCUCCCUGUUCAUUCCCCUGUGCCUGGCCGGCACAGCUCCCGGGGCUGGGCUGUGUGGCAUCCUGCAAGGCAGCCAGACUUGAGGAGGGAACACCAACCCUGUCCCUGGGGCCAUGGGCAUGUGGUGUCCCCUAUGUGCUACCCGGCCCCGGCUCCUGCUCGUUUCUGUGUCCCGACGACAUAAAUCAAGGUAGCCCCGUGCCCCGUCCUGCUGGCUGGACGGCGCGGUGUCCCCGGCCGGUGGGCAGCGAGGGGCCGGCUGGGCUGCGGCCCCUAGAGCGGGGGGGUUUUAUUCAUAACCUUGUGGAGUAUUUUCAGUGCUACCCUGGCCUUGGCCUGGCUGGUGCGGGGGAAGCUGUGAGCGGCCCCACCGCCACCGUAUCCCCCCUGCCCUUGCAGGGGCUGGGGAGAAGCCGCCACGCCGUCGCCCGGCUCCAUCAAUCCCGCGUGGCCGUUGUUUUGCAUGAUUAAUUAGCGAGGAGGGUGACGACGGGAGGCGGUGGCAGGGGCGGUGGUGAGAGCACCGCCCUCCCCUCGUGGCGCGUUGCUGACGCCUGGGAGCCUCCGAGCGGACGCCAGCCCUAUGUAAAUGUUCACAAAUAUGCAUGCAUGUCUGACCAGCUUGGAACGUGGUCUUGGCUACGUCUAGCCGGCUGUGGGGUGAGGGGGGUGGGGAGAGGGGUUUUUGUGCUCAGCUGAUACUGCCAUGCACUGUACUGCACAUGUCCGCAACGCCACAGCAGGACCGUGAGACUUUCAGGGCCGUCCCCGCGGGGUCCGCGCCCGCGGCGGCGGCGUGUGCAAGGGACCGGGGUGGGAGGGKGCGGCUCCCCGCGGGGCGGGGGGCAGGCGUGGGGCUGGCCCCAGGCGGCCGCUGGGCCGGGUGGGAGGUGAGGGGACGCGCCCGGCACGUGGAUGGGCACGACGGCGCUGCCCACGCCGAGGGCCGGAGGUCAGUGCCAGCCAUCGGUGGGCCGGUCCCGUCGCUGCCCGAUCGGGCGCRGGGGGACGGCGAGCGGCAGGGGGGCUACGGGCCGGCUCCCCCUCGCCGCCCUUUCCCACCUUUCUGGCGGCCGCCCUCCAUGCGGAGCGUCGAGGCCGAGGGCCCCGGCCCGGCGCCACCAGCUCCGCCGCGGCACGGGCGCCGGCACCGCUGGGCUCGGUGCCCCUUGGGCAGGACCCCGGCCCCCUCCCCGUCCCUCACUCAGUGACAGAUAACCAAAGGAGUCCCCGGCCUCGCGCCCCCGGAGACGCCCCCCUCCUCCCCUCCCGCCCUCGCGGUGCCCAGGGAGCCAGGAAAGCCUUACGGUCCUUUGACGGCGACUCGAAAGCUCACAGCUCGUGUGCUGCAGAAUUUAUUCCAAUGAGCAGCUAAAAGUAUCAUUUAAAAAAAAAUAACAAAAAGAAAAAAUGACAAAAAAAAAUACUAAAAAACAAUUAUUUAGGGUGUUUGUGAUUGCUGACUGCGCUGUAGAUACCACUGUUUACCAAUGAAUUCCUGUGGUGGGAUAGUGGACUGUUUACUGUUCUAUUAUACCAGUCCCCGGGCCCUCCGGUGGGACCCCCGCGUUCCCCGCGGCUCCCCGGAAGGUGCUAGGACGUGUGUUCUGUGUUAGAAAGUUUUUAUAUAUAUAUAUAUAUAUAAAUAUAUAUAUAUAAUUUUUUUUGCUCUGUUACUUGCACAUUUUACAGUUACCUCAUUUUUCCCAUGUAUGUAUUUGAAAAAAGGCUAAUAUAUAGAAAAAAAAGGUUCUUAAAGCUCUAAAAGUGUUUGUUUUUUUCCAUUCCAUUGGAAUCAUAUUGGUUUUGUAGCAUUUAACAUAACUAGUAUGUUGUAUUAUAUAUAUGUGUAUUAUACUGAUUGAAAUUUUUAACAGAUUUGUACUUUUUUUAAAAUGAAAGUUGCUAGUUCUGCUUGACCAAGUAGUGCAAUCAUUAUUUUUUUUAAUGUUGUGGCUGAUUUUGAGAGGGAUAUUCACUAAUAAAUGUAUGAUGUAUACCAACA